AUGAUCGCCUUCACAAAUCGAGCUCUUCUUUACCUGGUCCUUCUUCUCGUGAGUACUGUACUUGCUGAUUAUGGUCCCGAGCUCCGAGUUCAUAAAGGUAAUCUCUACGAUUUUCAGACUUGAGAUUUUAUAAAUCUUUCCAGGCGCUCUUCAUAUGCAAGACCCCGGUAUCAUACCUCAUCAGUACAUCACCAGCUACGAGAUCGGAAGCGUCUACACCUUUGAAGUCUUCCUGGAUGAGACCACUCAACACGACUACAUGGUCCAGCAGUGCACAAUGAAUGGAGCUGUCAUUAUAGGAAGCUUUGGGUAAGCGAUUUUGAGAAAAUAUCUAGGAAACCGGUUUUUCUAUCGAACUAUGUUUUUCCAGAUGCGUGGAAUGUGGUAACUGCAUCAGUCAAUCCGUCGAAACCGAGUCCUACAACAAACCAGGAGCCAUCAAGCGGACUCUGAUCACUUUUGUCGCUAAAUCAUCGGUACUCUCUUAUUCGUCCACUUUUUCAGAAACUUCUAACAACACAUUUUCCAGACCAUCUCGUUCGACUGCGACAUUGAGAAAAUCGACUGCUCUGGGUGUGCCGAGGUGGGUGUUGAAUGACGUGUCGUUUGGGGACAAUUAGAAAAAAAAACCAUCCAUCUAACUCCCCUUCUCCUCAAAAGUCUUGACAAGGCGAGAAACGUAGAAAGAGACGGCCAAAUAAUACAAUUCGUUUCCGAACCAUAGAAUUCCGUGUAAAAAAGGUGGAGGGCCUGGCGGGCGGACACUGUCUGACUAAUGCAGUCAAAGAGAGGGGAAAAAAGCCGGAGAGACCGCCUUUUCAGCGCUCCUGCCAACGUCGCGAUCAGAUCGCACUCGCUCAUUACAACCACUACGGAGUGAAACUCAUGUACCCGCCGCCAGGUUAUGCCACCGGAGUUGGUAAGUCAUCGAAUGCUGCGUGUUUGUUUGCAUGACAUUAACUCCUUCAGGAAUGACUUUUUCUCUUCUAAGCAUGAAAUCUAAUUCAGGAGUUCCUUCCUUCCCCAUCCCUAUUCCUAACAUCUAUCCCACUCCUCCAUUUGGUGGCUACAAUGUGCCGCCGCAUGCUCCUCCGAUGGUCCCGCCAGUUGUACCCCCAGGCGGUUCUUCCGCCUCCUCAUACGGUAUGUUCUAUUCUAACCUGUCUCUUCCUCUAUCUUUUACUUCCAAAAAAUUUUUGUGUGGGGUCAAGGGUCUCGUGGGAUUCCCAUACUGUUACUUGUAGGUUCUGGUGCAGGAUUCUGGCCAUGGUGGAUCUGGCUCCUCAUCCUUCUCCUUCUUCUUCUCCUUCUCUGCUGCCUCCUCGCCCUCUGUUUCGCCGCGUUCAUGAAAAGAAGAAAGGAGAGACACACAGCCGCGGCAACGUAAGUUUCAAUUUCAUCUACUGAUACGAAUAUGUACUAACCCAGUCAAACAAGAAAAAAAACAAAAGCGUCAUGACGCACACAUUACCGACACUGCAUCCCAUGUCGUAUAGUCAGUUUCUGUUUCUGUCAUCUUAACAUGUAAGAUGGAAUGCGUUGAAGAGAACAAAUAUGAGGAUGCAAUCCAAAACAUUAAUCGUAGUAUACACGGCACGUUCCUUUCAGCACCGUUGUGGUCGGUAACACCGGAAAAGAUUGUGGCGUGGGGACCGAGAAAGUUUCGGUGACUUGUGUCGGAACCGACACCCAGGAUAUUGUCAAAGUUCAGCCAGCUGUAAGAUCUUCGAAUAAUCUUUUCAAAUUCUAGUAGACAAUUGUAGGUUAUUCUCGCCGCCGCGGACUUGGAAAGAGAACAGCACCAGCAUCAGCACCAACAUCACCAAAAUCAGUACUCCAGAUCACUAGCGGAGUACGAUCAAGGCUCAGUGAUUGCCGGCGGAUCGUAUUCUCUCCGAGAGGGAAUGGUCCAUGAAGCGUACACUAGAACUCUACCGUAAGCCCCUGGUUUCUAAAAAAUAAAGGCCAAACGUACUUUCUUUUCAGAAGAGAAUCCCAAUCCACAAACUCCGACCGCUACACCACGCGUGAUCGCUUCGAACGCCAGGCGAGCCAUGACAACACCCGGUUCACGGACCGCUCGAGCUACCGUAACUUUGCCUACGAGAGAGACAUGGGACGUGUGGAGCCGAUGGACGGAUUCGAUGAGGUGGAAACCCGCGAGCGCACCUACUGCUUGAGCGACGACGAUCAGGAAGUUGUGGAGAAGAAUAUCAAGAGAACCCAUACCACGAGGUCUUUCCGUUCCCCAGAUCCACUCUAAUUUCCUGUUUCUAUUCCAGAUACGUCACCGAGACUCGGGACAUUGAGCAGGACAACGAGGAGCGCGUGCGCGGGGACGAAUAUCAUCAUGCUCCGUAUACUCAUAGCCUGCCCGUCUAA